CCUCCUCCUACACCCCCCACCACGCUCGGCCCCCUCCCUCCCCGCCACCACCAUCCGCGAUCCGCCGGCCGCGGGGAAGGAAGAAAGGAGCGAAGGAGGCGGAGGCAUGGAUCCGCAGCCCCCUCCACCGGCCCAGGGCAGCCCACCUCACCGUGGCCGAGGCCGUGGCCGUGGCCGAGGUCGUGGUCGAGGCCGUGGUCGUGGCAGGGGGGGCGCUGGAGCUCCUCGGGCACCGCUUCCCUGUCCCACCUGUGGCCGCCUCUUCCGCUUCCCUUACUACCUCUCCCGGCACCGGCUGAGCCACUCGGGGCUUCGGCCCCAUGCUUGCCCCCUGUGCCCCAAAGCCUUCCGCAGGCCUGCCCACCUCUCCCGCCACUUGCGUGGCCACGGGCCCCAACCCCCGCUUCGCUGCGCUGCCUGUCCGCGCACCUUCCCUGAGCCCGCGCAGCUUAGGCGCCACCUGGCCCAGGAGCACGCAGGUGGCGAGGUGGAGCUGGCCAUCGAGAGGGCAGUGAAGGAGGAGCCCGAAUCCAGCUGGGGUCCUCAGGAGGAGGGCAUAGAGCAACCCACCACAACAGUGGCAGGAGCCGCAGAGGAGGAGGCGGCGUGGCCCGAGACGUGGCCCGUGGGGGAGCCAGCCCCACCAGCAGCCCCCACAAGCGCGGAGCCCCGGCAGUCAGAGGCGCAGGAGGCAGAGGCUGGGGCAGCGGAGCUGAGGGCCGAGUUGGCACUGGCGGCUGGACGGCAGGAGGAGAAGCAGGUCCUGCUCCAGGCCGAUUGGACACUGCUGUGCCUCCGCUGUCGCGAAGCCUUUGCCACCAAGGGAGAGCUCAAAGCGCACCCGUGUCUGCGCCCCGAAGGCGAACAGGAGGGCGAAGGUGGGCCUCCUCCACGCCCCAAGCGACACCAGUGCUCCAUCUGCCUCAAGGCCUUCGCCAGGCCCUGGUCCCUGUCGCGCCACCGCCUGGUCCACUCCACCGAUCGCCCUUUCGUGUGUCCAGACUGCGGCCUGGCCUUCCGCCUCGCCUCCUACCUCCGCCAGCACCGCCGCGUCCACGGCCCGCUCAGCCUGCUGGCCCCACUACCUGGGGCAGCCAAGAAGGACGACAAAGCCUCAGGGGGACGGAACUCAGGGAAAGGGCCCGAGGGGGGUGAAGGGGCGGAAUGCGCGGGUGCCUCCGAAGGGGGAGAUGGUGGGCAGAACGGAGGAGAUGCCGCCCCGGCCCGGCCCCCAGCGGGGGAGCCCCGCUUCUGGUGCCCUGAGUGUGGCAAAGGUUUCCGGCGCAGGGCACACCUGCGACAACACGGUGUGACCCACUCCGGGGCGCGCCCCUUCCAGUGCGUGCGCUGCCAGCGGGAGUUCAAGCGGCUGGCCGACCUGGCCCGCCAUGCACAGGUCCACGCAGGGGGCCCGGCUCCGCACCCGUGCCCACGGUGCCCACGGCGCUUCUCGAGAGCCUACAGCCUCCUGCGCCACCAACGCUGCCACCGUGCUGAGCUGGAGAGAGCCGAGCUGGAGAGGGCCGCCGCCCUGCAGGCGCUCCAGGCCCAGGCCAUGCCCUCACCCCAGCCGCUGAAGCAGGAAGCAGAAGGGCUCCCUCUGGCCAUCGCACACAUCAAGGAAGAGCCGCCCUCCCCUGGGACCCCACCUCAGUCUCCGCCGGCUCCCCCUGUCUUCCUCAGCGCCUCCUGUUUUGACAGCCAAGACCACUCAGCCUUCGAGAUGGAGGAAGAAGAGGUAGACAGCAAAGUCCAUCUGCGCGGAUUGGGGGGCCUGGCCUCCUGACCCUCCCACCCAUCGUCCGCCCCUCCAAUUGAGCUCCCGGUUUGCAGUAAGGAGGAGGGAAUUUGAAGGAGAAAUACCUCCUCUAUCUACCCCUCAAGCCCUUGACACUACAGAAAGGAGGCCCUAAUUCUCCAACCCUCCCUGUUGCCCACCCCUAGACCCCUGAUGACAGUUAGGGACAGCUCACCCCAAUGCGUGUCUUAAGGCAGGACAACUUGGAAAAGGAGGCGGAGGACAUUUGGCCAGAGGGAUGCAGACUGGUGGGUUGGCCCCAGCCUGCCUGUCCCCCAUUAUACACACUGGACACCAUCACCUCUUUGGAACUGCCAGACCCUGGGGGUUCCCAGUGAGCAAAGGUCUGUCCCUGUUCCUCUGUCUGUCUGUGAAUAAAUGUGAG